AUGGUCUCCGAGACCGCCGACUACGGCUUCCUACGCCCGCCAGAUAAUACAGACCAUGAACCCGUCUACCGCGCACAAUCCCACUACAAGCCCCGGCACACCUUCCGCCUACCCGCCGGCCCGGGACGGCACUACAAGCAGCAGUAUGGCGAUAUGUACUUCCUGCGGCUGACGCACCUGAAACCAGUCGUGGAGAAGGUAGCGACGGAAGCGUGGGAUGGAUUCAAUAUUGCCGGCGAACGCGCGCGGCGCGUGGAUCGAGUGCUCGAUGUGCGACAGGGCGAGCUGUGCUGGGUCGCUGGCACUGUGUAUAUGGAUAUGCCGAUGAAGCCAAAUAUUCUGGAUGAUCUGACGAAGGAGAAUUUCACAUCUGCGCCGCCUCCGCGUCGCACAUACGUCGACCCAUCGAACCCGUCGUUGACGCAGAUCAUGAUGGAGGAUGAGUCCGGACGUCUGCGUUUGACGGGUGCUGUUCUUGCGUCGACACACUUGGCUACCGGUGCCAUUAUCGCUGCGUUGGGGACAGAGAACGCGAAUGGUGACUUCGAGGUCAUUGAUAUCAAGGUGCCGGACUUACCGCUCCAGCCUCGGCGGUGGGCGGGAGACAAGGAUGCGAAAGAAACAAGGCCCGGCAAGAUUGCGUUUGUCAGUGGACUGGGUAUUACAGGGACGUCGAGCGAUACGCUCGCAUUGGAGCUACUGUCCGAGUAUCUCUUGGGCUACACAGGAUUCUCAGGCGAUGCCGAAAACAGCCCUUCGGCAGACGCAUCCACGAUCACACGGCUUGUCAUUGCAGGUAAUUCGCUCGGAGCCAAUAUGGUCUCUGAACUCGACACCGGCAAUGCAGCAGGAGAGAAAAAGAAAGCUGCGCCGAAGAAGUACGGCUACGAUGCAGCCUCCUACAACGCCUCGCCCAUCACACAUCUCGAUAAUUUUCUCGCUGAAAUCCUGCCCAGCAUCCCCGUAACCCUCAUGCCGGGUGAUUCCGAUCCGGCGAAUUUCUCUCUACCGCAGCAGGCCAUCCACCGAGCGAUGUUUCCGCAAGCCAGAGCAUACGCGGCAGCACCACCGACAUCUGAUGAGAGUAAUCCGGAAACUGGCUGGUUCGACAGUGUCACAAAUCCUUGGGAGGGCGAUGUCGAAGGGUGGCGGCUUUGGGGCUGCAGCGGACAGAAUGUCGACGAUGUCCUGCGCUACCUGGAUUUCACCGGUGAUGAAGGCGAGGAAGACGACUCAGAUGCACGGCUGCGGAUUAUGGAAGCUAUGCUCCGAUGGCGGUGCGGUGUCCCCACUGCCCCCGACACAAUUUGGGCAUAUCCCUUCCAAGAAGACGACCCCUUCGUGCUGCAAGCCUGCCCCCACAUCUUCUUUACAGGAAACCAGCCCAAGUUCGACACGCGGGUCAUCAAGGGCGAGAUCCCGCUUCGCUUGGACGGGGGAGGUGGGGACGAUACCGAGAUGACCGAUGCGGCAGACUCGUCCUCUGCCCGCGUGCGGCUGUUGUCGCUUCCGAGAUUUGGUGAGACGGGCGAGCUGGUGCUGGUUGAUACUGAGACGCUGGAGGUGGAGGUUGUGCGGUUUGGGGCUUUUGGGGGGCAAGAAGAGAAAAAGUGA